AGUCGUUGGUCGUAGUCGCAGAAAAUAUCACUAAAGUGCAGGACAUAUAAUUGAGAUCGCAUGAAAAGUGGGUGAAAAGUGAGCCAUAAAACCGACUUUCGCCGUUUCUGGCGUGCCUCUGGGUGUCGAACAAUGGAUUCCGUGGUAGAAAAGUGAGGAAAAUCUGUGGGAAAUUGCGCCGGGGGAACGCAAAGAGGCCGAGAAGCGUUGGUGGUGAAAAAGUGAUAAAAGUGUCUGUGCUCGUGAGGGGUGAAGAAUGUGAAGAAAAUCACCGGGAAAAAUCUUCAGCGCCAUCGGGGGACUUUUCACCAUGCAAACUUCCCGGGUGGUCUUCUUCGCCAAGGGACACGGACAAGUCAAUUGAAGUGUGUGCAGAUGCUGUGAAGCCGCCAGGAUGAUGUGGAUCCCGAAGCCGCCGGACGGAUGCGUCCGCAUGGCAAUCCUGCUGCUCGUCGGCUUCCUCGCUCUCGUGGACGCCACUGAGGGCGCGGAGAAGGAGAAGAAGAGCCAAAUAUAUCACAUGUCAUCGCUCUGCAAGAACCACUACCUUCGCCAGCUAUACCGGAAGAUCGAUGGGGCGCUGUUGUGGUCACAGAACGAACGCAAUCUCGACUGCAUCAUCACAUUCCAGACGGAUUCAAUCCUCCAAAGAUUUAUGCUGCGGUUUGAUAUGCUUCAGCUCGACUGCAAUGAUCAUCUAUAUGUGUACGACAGCGCUCAUGCGGUGGGAAACCACAAGGCCGAUUUGACGUGUCGCAAUACGAAGCAAUCUGUUGGGGCGAUUUUCACGCGCACCAACUUCGUGACACUGAAGUACGUCACGGACAACUGGGGCACUGACACAAAUGGUUUCAAACUGGUCAUCACGGCUAUCAAGGAUCCGAAGCACUCGUGCAAGGACUUCCGGUGCACUCUGCGGGAAUUCUGCAUCCACCCGGAUCUCGUGUGCGACGGCGUGAACAACUGCGCCGACGGCUCGGACGAAGCCAUCGGAUCGCUGUGUCCCAUCAGUGAUCCCUACACCAUCCUCGGGCUCGAACUCACCUGGAUCGUGCUGGUGGCCGUGAGCGGACUGCUCGUGAUCUGUGCCUGCUUUGUGGGCAUCGCCAUCUGCCUGUGCCGGCGCAACACGCGCCCGACAGGCAACCAAUUCGGCAACAGCAUGCAAUUGCACCCGACGAUCGAGUCCAACGGAUCGUCCAAGUACGUGACGGGGUCGACGCUGCCCCGCGAGACCACGUCGCUGCCGUCGGGAAACUGGCGUCACCCUGCGGGACCAUCAGGGUACCUCCGCAUACAACUCAACUUGCUGAUGGCCACAGUCCGUCCCAUUUGCUGCCCGGCAAACUAAGGCAGCUCGGCCAGCCCGACCUGCAGUCGGUCGCUCAGAAGGACGAGUGGUUCGUCUGAGGGCCCGCCGGGCGCUGUCCAAAUGAAGACUGUACGUUUUGGCCAUCACCGCGCAGGGUGUUCCGAGGGGGGUUCGUACCCUAAUCCCUCAUCUUCGCCGCUACUUCCCCAGCGGCAUUAGAUCAAUUUUUGUGCAUUUAGAUGACUUCUCCACUGACCAACUGAGAAGGACAUCAACUCAAAGCCACGGCCCGAAGGGGCCUGCAGUUUGUUGACACAGAAGGAAGAACAAUUAACAAUUAGGAGAAACACAUAUCUCUGAGGAAUGAUGAAACAAUAAUUUUUCUAUACGUGGCAUUUUCCCGGGAGAAUUGCUGAGAAGCUCGAAAAUUGUCUUUCAUUUCCCUAAAAAAAAGAGAAACAGAACACAUUUCAUUGAUUUCUAUCAAUCUUUCUCUAGAAUUAAGCUAAAAAUGAUAUCAUUGCAUCCUUUUGUCACACUCAAAGGGAGCGACUUUUUGGCAAUUUUCUCGCGCGAAAACCAGACUUUUCUAUAUCCUUUCUACAAGCAUCUUAAGAAAAAGCUGUAACUAUCACUUACUCUUCAAUGUCUUUCUCCUCUACAAGAGACAUAAUUAGCAAAUGGAAAUCAGUAAACAAUUAUAGAUGAUAAAGAAGUUAAUUAGAAAUUGGGAUAUUUGAGAAUAUAUGGCAUGGAGUUUUGCAGAAUGCGAGAAAGUGCGUGUUUUGAAGACAGAAUUUGUGCGUUGCGCGAUAUAGUGAGCGAAAGAACGAGAUUGAGAGGCGCAAAACGGCGUUUGUUACAUGAAAUAAUGAUGAGAAUUAAUACGCAGAAGAUAUACUUGACAGAAUUAUAAAUAAUAGUUGAAUAAGACAUGAUUUUUUAUACAAUUAACACUUAAUUACAGAAUAAAAACCUGUAUUUAUAGACAUAUUGAAUUAUAUUGAAGUAAUUAAAUAUAUGAGAAAUAUUUAGGGUGGAAGCAGCAAGAUUAGAUGAAUAAAUAGAAAAUAUUUAAUGAUUAGAUAUUAAUUGAAGGACAGUAAUAUACAGAAAAGAAAAGUGAAAACUUAUUAAAUGGCGAAGAAACAUUACAUUUUCUCAGACAAAAACAUAGUUCUUUGUAUAUGUUAUAGGAAAUUUAACAAAUGCAUCUUAUCGUAUCAAUUUGACAGACAAGUUGUAGAUGUAUAAAAAGGAAGUACUAUGGUCGACAAUAUGUAAAGAAAUCCGCUGACGAGAGAAUCACUGAGAUGAAUUUUAGGGGCGCGUCAAAGGAAAAAUCAGUAGAUUUUCGUGAAAUAGAGAAGAAGAAGAAAAAAAAUCGUGUAGUAGAAAGCAUUCAUUGAAGUAUAAAUUAAUGAUUAUUGAUAAAUAAAAAUUAUAUAUAUUGUCUUUAUAUAUGAAAACCUUUAGGAUGGAUGAGAGAAAACUCUGUAAUUUACUCACAAUCACACGAGAAGGAGCAUUUUUUGAGCAAACUUGUUCAGCUUUUUCAUUUUUCAAGAGUAUCAAACAAAGACAAUACAAUUCUUCGAUUAUUAUUUACUUUCGCAUGCUGAAAUAAGGCAAGAUUAGCGAAAAAAUAGUCAUAUGAAUUAGCUGAAUUCCCUCUCGAGAUCACUCAUUUUCAUAAAUUGGACCUUUUGAAAGCGCACAAGAAACUCCCUUUGUCACUUUUCCAACUCAUUUGCUCAGUGUUCCUGCCCUAAAAUUUUCCCAACUGAAGAGACGCAAUACUAAACUUCUAAUCGCACGGUAGCGUUGAGAGAUUGCAGGUGUAACACUAGAAAUAAGCCGAGAAACUAACAUUGGAUAUCGAGAGGAAUAGAUGUAUGAGGAGAAAAAUAGUUUAAUUGUAUCAUGAGGAUUGAAAAUCUAUGGCUUUUGCUUCAUUGCUGGCAUUUUCUCGAAUAAAUGUGUGAGAG